UAUGGGAGGUGAUGCUUUUCUCUAAGUCAUACAAGUCAAACACAAUGCCAAAUCUUAGGGGGCAAGGGAAAAUACGAGGAGACUUGGAAAGCACCCAAAAUCUCAGGCAUUUUCUAUCUAGGAACGACUAUGGAUUCUCUUACAACAGUUGCAGUUAUCUUCUCCUAUGUAUUAUCCCUCUUAAGAAUCUCCGUGGCAGUAGACACCAUAAUUGUAAAUCAAAACAUUACAGAUGGUGAGACCAUCACUUCAGCUGGUGGGAGCUUUGAACUGGGUUUCUUCAGUCCGGGUAAUUCCAAGAACCGAUACUUGGGGAUAUGGUACAAGAAAGUGGCUCCUGGGACAGUGGUAUGGGUUGCCAAUAGAGAAAGUCCAUUAACUGACUCAUCAGGAGUUUUAAAGGUCACUCAGCCGGGAAUUCUUGUUCUGGUCAACGGUACUAACAGAAUUCUUUGGAAUUCUACUUCAUCACGUUCUGCACAGGAUCCGAGCGCUCAGCUUUUGGAGUCUGGAAAUCUUGUUAUGAGAAAUGGCAAUGAUAGGGAUCAAGAAAACUUCCUAUGGCAGAGUUUUGAUUACCCAUGCGAUACUCUUCUACCAGGCAUGAAGCUUGGAAGGAACAGAGUAACAGGCCUGGAUCGGUACCUGUCAUCAUGGAAGAGUGAUGAUGACCCUUCUAAAGGUAAUUUUACUUAUGGGAUUGAUCUAAGUGGAUUUCCACAACUAUUAUUGAGGAAUGGUUUAGCUGAAGAGUUUCGUGCAGGACCAUGGAAUGGUGUUCGAUAUAGUGGAAUACCUCAAUUAACAAACAACUCAGUUUAUACAUUUAAUUUUGUUUCUAAUGAAAGCGAGAUAUAUUUUAUUUAUUCUCUAGUUAAAAGCUCUGUUAUUAUGAGGCUUGUGUUAACUCCUGAUGGUUAUUCACGAAGAUUCACAUGGACUGAUAAAAAAAAUGAAUGGGUUCUUUACUCAACUACACAGAAGGAUGACUGUGACAAUUAUGCAAUAUGUGGAGUACAUGGAAUCUGUAAGAUUGAUGAAUCUCCAAAAUGUGAGUGUAUGAAGGGAUUUAGGCCAAAGUUCCAAAGCAAUUGGGACUUGGCAGACUGGUCAAAUGGAUGUGUUCGAAGCACUCCCCUGGAUUGUCAGAAGGGUGAUGGAUUUGUAAAGUUCUCUGGUGUGAAACUGCCAGACACGCGGAACUCCUGGUUUGAUGAAAAAUUGAACCUUAAGGAAUGUGCUUCCCUGUGCUUGAGCAACUGCUCUUGCACUGCUUAUGCAAAUUCAGAUAUUAGAGGAGGAGGAAGUGGAUGCUUGCUCUGGAUUGGUGACUUGAUUGACAUCAGAGACUUCACUGAAAAUGGGCAAGAGUUUUAUGCAAGGAUGGCUGCAUCAGAAUCAGCUUCUUCAAGCAUAAAUAGUAGCUCCAAGAAGAAGAAAAAGCAGGUCAUUGUCAUCUCUAUAUCAAUUACAGGAAUAGUUUUUUUAAGUCUCGUCCUGAUCUUGUAUGUGCUCAAGAAGAGGAAGAAGCAGCUAAAGAAAAAAGGAUACAUGGAUCAUAAAUCAAAAGAAGGUGAAAACAAUGAAGGCCAAGAGCAACUAGAUUUACCAUUAUUUGACUUGGAUACAUUAUUGAAUGCCACCAAUAACUUUUCUAGUGACAAUAAACUUGGAGAGGGUGGUUUUGGACCUGUCUAUAAGGGAAUAUUGCAAGAAGGACAAGAAAUAGCAGUAAAGAUGAUGUCAAAUACUUCAAGACAAGGAUUAAAAGAGUUCAAAAAUGAAGUUGAAUCCAUUACAAAACUUCAGCACCGAAAUCUUGUAAAGCUUCUUGGAUGCUGCAUUCAUGGCAGAGAAAGAUUGCUGAUUUAUGAAUACAUGCCUAACAAAAGCUUGGACUUGUACAUUUUUGAUCACAUGCGAAGCAGGGUACUAGAUUGGCCUAAGCGCUUCCUCAUUAUCAAUGGGAUUGCUCGAGGCCUUCUUUAUCUUCAUCAAGAUUCUAGACUCAGGAUAAUCCAUAGAGAUCUCAAAGCAGAAAACAUUUUACUAGAUAAUGAAAUGACCCCCAAAAUUUCAGACUUCGGGAUAGCAAGAAGUUUUGGAGGAAAUGAAACUGAAGCAAACACAACAAGAGUGGCUGGAACAUUAGGUUAUAUGUCUCCAGAGUAUGCAAGUGAAGGAUUGUAUUCCACAAAAUCCGAUGUUUUUAGCUUUGGUGUUUUGUUGCUAGAGAUUGUAAGUGGGAAGAGAAACAGAGGAUUUGCCCACCCAGACCAUGACCUUAAUCUUCUUGGGCAUGCAUGGACACUCUAUAUAGAAGGUGGGUCUUUAGAAUUUAUUGAUACAUCAAUAGCGAACACUUGCAAUCUAUUUGAAGUGCUACGUUCAAUCAAUGUGGGCCUAUUAUGUGUACAACGUUUCCCGGAUGAUCGACCAAGCAUGCAUUCUGUGAUUCUGAUGUUAGGUAGUGAGGGUGCACUACCUCGGCCCAAAGAGCCUUGUUUCUUCACUGAUAGGAAUAUGAUGGAAGCAAAUUCUUCCUCUGGUAUUCAACCCACCAUCACGUUGUUGGAAGCUCGAUAGAAGAUGCUUCAUGUUGAUGUUUUGUUGUCGUUAGACCUGUGACAAUAUAAGCUUAAGUUUCAACUACAUUUGGCAACUUUUUCGCAAUCAUACUGCUUAGUUUCUAACCAAAGACUCUAAGAUGUUAUUUGGUGAUCAGUCUUUGCUGCUGCUUUUUUGUAUGGAUUAUG